CAAUUACAUUUCCAGUACACGAUUACGUAGAAAAAUCCACGUUAGUCUGAUCUCUGUGUUUCUAAAUCGUGUAGUCACUGUGGGGAGCUAGUAGCCAUUCAUAAUUGCAAGGAGUUUGGAAGUUCUAGGAGUUGGGACUACACCAGAACACCGUCACCAUGUCUAUUAUGUCCUAUAAUGGAGGGGCCGUCAUGGCCAUGCGGGGGAAGAACUGUGUGGCGAUAGCAGCAGAUCGGAGAUUUGGCAUUCAGGCUCAGAUGGUCACCACAGACUUCCAGAAGAUCUUCCCCAUGGGAGAGAGGCUGUACAUCGGGCUGGCUGGACUGGCCACUGAUGUUCAGACAGUAUCCCAGAGGCUUAAAUUCAGACUCAACCUGUAUGAGCUGAAGGAGGGUCGCCAGAUCAAGCCCAAGACCUUCAUGAGCAUGGUGUCCAACCUGUUGUAUGAAAGGAGGUUUGGGCCAUACUACAUUGAGCCUGUGAUCGCCGGACUAGAUCCCAAAACCUUAGAGCCAUUCAUCUGCUCCUUGGAUUUGAUUGGCUGCCCCAUGGUGACGGAGGACUUUGUUGUGAGCGGCACCUGUUCAGAGCAGAUGUACGGCAUGUGUGAAUCUUUGUGGGAGCCGGACAUGGAACCAGACGACCUGUUUGAGACCAUCUCCCAAGCAAUGCUGAAUGCAGUUGAUAGAGAUGCAGUGUCUGGCAUGGGAGUCGUCGUACAUGUCAUUGAGAAAGACAAGAUCACCACACGAACCCUGAAGGCCAGGAUGGACUAGAGCUGCUGUUUCUCCCCACACGUCAACACACGUUUUUGUAUACAAAUAAUAACCAAUGCUAGUACUUUCUUUCUUUUUCUUAUUGAUAUUGUUCAAUAAAUGAACACAGGUUUAAACAAUGAA